AUGUCGCCCUCCGUCCACCGCGCGCGGCGCAAGUACGCGGCGGCGCUGCUGUCGCCGUCCUCCCUCCAUCACCUGCGCGUCCCGGCCCAGUUCGCGGCGCAGCUCGUCGGCGAGGAGGGCACGGCCACGGGGGAUGGCAGCAGGGCGGCGGCGGUGGUGCUGCUGGUGAGCCCGUUCGGUAAGGUCUGGCGCGCGGAGCUUCGCCGUGCGGGCGGAGGUGGCGCGGGGUCGUCGUCGUCGUCGUGGCAGCUCGGCGGUGCCUGGGCUGAGUUCGCGGCCGCGCACGGCAUCGGCGCCGGGUGGAGCGUGGUGUUCAGGCUGGAGCGGCGCGGGGUGGCCACGGUUAGGGCGUUCGACGCCGCCGGCUGCCUCGCGCGGUUCUGCACGCCUCACGCAGGUGAACGUCACCGGACAUCAGGCAAGAACAGGCCCCGGUUCAUGAGAGUGCUUCACACUGAAGACCUGGAAAAGAUGAGAAUUCCUGAUAAAUUCGUGCAAGAACACCUGACUGGAAGCUGGUCGAGCACGCAGAAGGCCAUGGUUUUCAGCCCUCUUGGCAAGUUCUGGCAUGUUGAACUAGACCGUGGUCAGUCGGGGGUGCUACUUGGAGAUGGCUGGUCGCAGUUUCUAAGCGCUCACGAUCUCUCUGAAGGGAACAUCCUUCUGUUCCGGUAUGAAGACAACAUGGUGUUCACAGUUGAGGCGUUCCUGCAGAACGGGUACUCGAAGGAGCAUGGAGCAGCAGCUGCAGACAUGACUGAUGACUUGAUAGUGACAGGUCCAAGCACCGUGCCGCAACAAGGUGAUAAAGAGCUUGGUGUUUCACCUGUCAAGAAGAAAAAGAAGACCAGGAAUGAAAGUACCUGCGUGGAUGUAUAUCACGAAAAAACAAAUCUUUCCCCAAUUUCUGCGAAGAAGGAUCUAUCGCAGAACAAACUUGUCUGUGCCGUGCCAUGUCAUUCACUCACAAAGCGGGUUACUAGCAAUGAUCUCAAACGCCUAUUUGAAACUGUUUGUGCAAUACCUUGA